GGCGCUGAGCGGUGACCGAGGCGCCGGUCGAGGAAGAAGCAUUUUACGGAAGAGGACGUUGUUUUGAAUUGGUUAUAGCUGUAUUACUGCAGCUAUGUGAAUGAAUAUUAAGACCUGUUUGCACGAGCAGAAAAUGUGUAUGGUCAGAAGGCAGAAGUGUCUUAUAACGAACUCAUAAGAGUUUAAUUCAGCUGCUUGCUGCACUGUUCGGUCGUGUGUUGCUGAUUCACUGUCGCACACAUUUACUCGACAGUGUCCAGACCUUGAAGAGUGUAAAGAUGGCUUCUGUCGGUCACUUGGUGUGCAGGCGGUGGUUGUGUGGUCUCGGCAGAUCGCCAGCAGUUCCCAGGCUAUGCAGGUCGCUCACCACCUCCAGCACACGCAGGAGCGUCAUGCCAGCCUGGGUCAUUGACCAAUACGGAGGCAAUGAUGUUCUACGGUUCACUAAAAACGCCAGUUUCCCCAUCAUCAACUACCCCAACGAGGUCAUCGUCAAAGUGUGUGCGGCAGGACUGAACCCACUGGACAUCAGCAUGAGAGGGGGCUAUGGUGCCGCUACACUCUCGAUGAAGAGGGACCCUCUGAAUAUCAAGCAGUCAGGCAGCGAGUUCCCUCUCACCCUGGGGAGGGACGUGUCGGGGGUCAUCAUGGAAUGUGGCUUGGAUGUGAAGUACUUCAGUGAAAGGGACGAGGUUUGGGCGGCGAUCCCACCAUGGAAACAGGGCAGCUUGGCUGAGUUUGUGGUGCUAAGUGCCAAUGAGGUGUCCCACAAACCAAAGUCCCUGAGCCACCCAGAGGCAGCCGCCAUUCCAUAUGUGGCAACCACUGCCUGGUCAGCACUGGUCAACACCGGUGGUCUCAGUAAGGACAACUGUGCCAAGAAGCGGAUCUUGAUCCUCGGAGGAUCUGGGGGCGUGGGAACCUUUGCUAUACAGAUGCUGAAGGCCUGGGGGGCCCAUGUGACUGUUACCUGCUCCCAGGAUGCCGAGCGGCUUGUAAGGGGGCUGGGGGCCGACCACGUGGUGGACUACACAGCUGGACCUGUCGAGGUGCCGCUCAGUGCACUGGAGAAAUUCAACCUGAUCCUGGAUAAUGUCGGUGGGGACACAGAGCGUUGGGCGUUGGAUCUGCUUAAGCCCUGGAGCGGCGCCAAGUAUGUCACCCUUGUGACACCGUUCCUCCAGAACACGGACAUGCUGGGCAUCGCUGAUGGCAUGAUGCAGACUGCUGCUACUGUGGCCACCAAGGCCCUCAAGCACCUCGUUAAAGGAGUUCACUACCGGUGGGGAUUCUUUGCACCAAGUGGCCCUGCACUGGAUGAUAUAAGGGAAAUGGUGGAUGCAGGACAGAUCCGACCUGUGGUGGAGGAGACGUUCCGAUUUUCCCAGGUGCCCCAGGCCCUGGAGAAGAUGGAGAAGGGUCACGCCCGAGGAAAGACUGUAGUCCAGGUCAUCAACGAGGGCGAUGACUCGUAGCCAUGACUCUUGGGCACUGUGCUUUUCUCUGAACGACUAUGAAACAAAUGAUAUCAGUGAAUGAAAAAAACUUCAGGUCCUGGGUUGUUGCAUCCCCAGCUGCAAACAUACAUACUGUAUAUAAACAGUCAACAUGGUCACUACAGUUAUUGCUGUUCCCUUGUGGGUUUUGUAGGUUUACUGUGUAGGAUUACCGUCUGAGCACUUUAUUAGGAACGCUGGUCGAUUCACACCAGCAGAGUUCAAAUCUGAGAGCACCGGCGCCAUCCGCAGGCUGCUUGCAGGUGUUUCUCCCUUCCUGUGCUACUGCCUGUUUGUUAAAAUGUUCUGUGCUCACAAACAUGUUUUUGUGCGUCGAUUCUCAGACGUCCAGGUCAUGGUCUCUACAGGAGUUGUACAUAUGCAUAUCAGCAACUGGACAAGGCAACACAAGCAAGUCAUGGUGCCUAUGUACACAGGAGCAAAUACACAACUGGAUUACAACUCCUCAAGAUAUUUAACAAACUAGUUUCACAGCAACAUACGGAAUGUGAAUGCAUUCACUUGACGAUUGGUCAGUAGUUUAAAGAAUAGAACAAAUUUACUUUAUUUGACCAUGUAACUAUAAACAGUAUCAACAAUCUGACAGAUGUCUCCUAAUUUUUUCAAGAGCUGUAGAUGGCAUUGUUCAGGUUUGUCGGGUUUUCGCAGAAACCUCAUUCGAGCUCUCGUUAAUUCAGAUUUAUUUUUCUCAAGGGAAAAGCAUACUCUUCUGUGGCAGCAGGUUUUUAAAGGCUUAAGAAAAACAUCUUUCAAAAAGGUUGGAGCAUAGAGAAACUUUUUUAUUUUCAUGUGUAACAGUUUCCUCUUUUACAUUCACAUAUUUACAAUUAACAGUGGGCAGGUCUGCUAUGACAUUUAAACUAAUCUAUACAAUUGAUGCUAAUGUACAACCUAAAGAAGUAAAGAACAGUUUGUUUAAAAAGUGUAAAACCUAUGAAAUUCUAAAAAUAUAUCCAAACUUUACAAUAGAUCUUCUUUGAUCCACAAUUAUUACAAAAAGAGGACAUCUUUGGAGCGUAGGCACGUCGGCUUCAUAUCGCAGCCAUCAGUGUGAAGCAUACAUUCAGAUUUGUCCAGAGUAAGACCAGAGAAACCAUGUAGUAGAAAGGUACCGUGGAGUAAAGACAGGUUUGCAGCAUUGGAACAGGGCUGAGUUUUCACUCCAUGCAGUUCAAUCACAGAGGCCAUGAUGGAGUAUUUGGUAAUUGUACAGUGUUUAAAAUCAAGAAUGAGCAACGUUUUAUUUACACAUUCAUUCUGAAAAAGAGGAAACUAUUUCAUCCGCUGCUUCA